AUGAUGCGUCAAAAUAUUUUUCCCUUCGAAGAUCGGAGUUUAAUCAUGCCGUUCAUCGUAGCUGGUAUUGAAAUGGGCGGCACCGGAUGUAAAGUUGCUAUUAGUGAUGGCAAUGGACAAUAUGACACCAGUUAUUCAUUACAAGUUGUUACGAUCGAUCCAACAAAUACUCUUCGUCAAAUAUAUGAAUGGUUAGAAACAAAACGAACAGAAAGACCGUUUGUUGCGAUAGGCAUUGCUUGUUUUGGACCAGUUGACUUAGAUAAAACAAGUAAAACCUAUGGAUACAUUACAACCACACCAAAACCGGGAUGGCAAUAUGUUGAUGUCGUCGGCGCUUUCAAAGGUUUGAAUGUACCUGUUGCAUUUGAAACAGAUGUCAAUGCACCAGCAAUGACUGAAGCUGCACUUCGUGGUGAUUCAUCAGCGGCAUACAUUACAGUUGGAACAGGAGUCGGUGUCGGUCUCGUUCUCGAAAAUAUUCCUGUACAUGGUUUAAUGCAUCCGGAAGGUGCACAUAUCAAGUGUGAGCGCAUAGCUGGUGAUGACUAUCCAGGCGAUUGCCCAUAUCAUGGUUCAUGUAUUGAAGGCAUGUGCAAAGCGAAAGCAGUUGCUGAUCGACUUCAAAUCGUACCUAAUCUGCUCAGUACCGUUCCUGAUGAUCAUCCCGUAUGGAAUAUUCAAGCAUACUACAUCGCACAGUUAUGUGCGUGCGUCAUUUAUUUAACAUCCGUUAAACGUAUUAUUAUCGGUGGUGGUUUACUGAAACGAAAUGGUUUGCUCGAACACGUGCGUAAACAUGUUUUAAAGAUUAUCAACGAUUAUUUGGAUAUACCAGCAAUCACACAACACAUUGAUGAUUAUAUUGUUCCAUCGAAACUUGGUGACAUCAUUGGCAUUCAAUCUGCUUUUGAUCUUGCUCAACGAGUCGCUGGAGACAAAUGA